AAUCCCCUCCAAUUCCCAGAAUCCUCCUCUCCUCCUCCGUUUUCUUUUACAGGGUAUCGGAGUUUCUCUAAAUCCUCUCUCUUGGUCUCUUCAAAUCCCCUUUUCUUUCUUUACCCCUUUUUGUAAAAUCUAGGGUUCCGAGAAAAAAUCUUCAGAGAGGGAUUUUCACCAUGGCUUCCAAACGGAUCUUGAAAGAACUCAAGGAUCUUCAGAAGGAUCCUCCAACUUCAUGCUCAGCAGGUCCUGUUGCUGAAGACAUGUUUCACUGGCAAGCAACAAUAAUGGGUCCCCCAGACAGUCCUUACGCAGGAGGAGUCUUUCUAGUUACUAUUCAUUUUCCUCCUGAUUAUCCAUUCAAGCCACCAAAGGUUGCCUUCAGGACAAAGGUAUUCCACCCUAAUAUCAACAGCAAUGGGAGCAUCUGUCUUGACAUCUUGAAGGAGCAAUGGAGCCCUGCCUUGACCAUUUCCAAGGUGUUGCUAUCCAUUUGCUCAUUGUUGACGGACCCAAACCCUGACGAUCCUUUGGUGCCAGAGAUUGCUCACAUGUACAAAACAGACAGGAGCAAGUAUGAGACUACCGCAAGGAGCUGGACCCAGAAAUAUGCCAUGGGUUAAUCUGAAAGCUGAAGUGUUUGUGUUUGGAGGGGUAUUGUCACCUUUUUUCCGUUAUUUCGUUCAUGUUGAUGAUAUAUUUAGGGCAUUCAGUACUACUAUAUAUGAUGAUUUGAAGACCGGAUGUGUGAUCUUGUCAUCUCUCUUCCCCACCCACCACCCCCUUCAUCUGGAAAAACGAAAACACUUCUGGUUAUCGAAUCGAUUAUCUGUAUGUUAUGAUGAAUUAAAAUGAUUGGUCAACUUUAGGAGGAAAAUUUGAAAAGUAUUUUUUCUCUAGUUCUAUUUUCCUGCUUCAUCUGAAAAAACGAAAACACUUCUGGUUAUCGAUUAUCUGUAUGUUAUGAUGAAUUAAAAUGAUUGGUCAACUUUAGGAGGAAAA